CCUGGGUCAACACGCAACGUGUUGGGGAAGUGUGUCGGUUAAGCAACGCAUGCUUCGUUGGUUGAUCGACCGUUUUGUCGCGCAAAGUGUGAAUGAAUGGGACUCUUCGCGGCCUACUGUUCAGCAGGUUCGCAAGUGACGAUCACAAUUCGUUUGGCUUUGUCCACACGCGUGCCUCGCAAGCUGGCGAUCACAGAAUGAAUUUCGAUUCAUUGACGCAAUUUUCGCUGCCGGUUCCGUUGAUUGUUGGGUGGCCAAAAAUAUAACGUCGAAUCAAGUGCGCUAAAUUAGCGUCUACUCGAGCUCGCGGGACAGCCAAUUGGGCAUCGGUCUCCGAGGGAAGAUCGUGGAGCUCGCGCACUUGGAAAUAGAGCACGGCGACUGCCGCCGACGCUACCCGGUUGCAAUCGGUCAAGUGGCGUCAAAUCAAGUGUAUUGAGAGCAUCUUCCCGCCAUUGUCCCGCGCCGUCCAGGUCCAAUUCUGCAUCGCGCAGUUGCAAUUCGGGGCCGUAUAGCUGGGCUGGAUGCUGCGCGCGAAAGAGAUGUCGCUACUGUCGCCGAAGCGCCGCACCAUUUUAAUUUGAUUUAAUUUCAAUUGAUCGACAUGGUGGUACAUGUUCAAGCUUGGGUGUGACUGCUCCAGGCGGGAACGAUCCAGACGAUGACGAUACUUGUCCGCGAAGGGGCGAAUUUUGGCAACCGAUAAUUUUUGCAACAUAUUAGAGUCGCGCGGACAAAGUGGUCCACAGCGAUUGAUUGACCGGGCCGCAGUCUCGAUCGAUCGUUGGUGUCGUGCGGAGUUCUAGUGUGUCUCCCGAAUCUUUGUACCACACUUCGCUGAACAAAAUGGUCUCAUCUGGCGUUUGUCUACUAGUACUGGCGAGCAUCCAGCUUGCGCUGACGGCACCAACCCGACGACGGCAGGACUCGGCAUCGGGAGGAUGUCCACGCGGUGCACCGGACUUGGACGACUGCGUUGGCAACUCGAUCCAACAGUUUGUCAACUUCAUGGCCAGCGGCAAGCUUUCACCAAAGGUAGCGAUCACGCCGUUUGAUCCGCUACUGCUCCCGAACAUGACUAUCAGUCAAGAAACCAAGGGUUUGACCGCCGUCUACGUGAACCGAUACCUGAUCGGUCUGAAGAACAGCUUCGUCCACGAUACCAGUGUCAACCUGGGCAAGCGGGAGUUCAGCUUAACCUUACUUAUGCCGGCGUUGGAGCUUCUUGGCAUGUACUCUGCUGAAUCGUUCGAAGAUCAUUCCGACACGGAAAACUCCAUACUGACGAUCUCGAUUAGAAGCUCAACGGCCAAGUUCCGCGUUCUGGGCGAUCUCUACAAAGCCCCGUCAGGAGUGCAACACCUGCGGCUCAACGUGACCGACGUGCAGCUCGCCCUGGGCCACUACAUGAUCAACGAUCUGGACCACAGUACGCACAUCCCGCGGGCAAACCGGCACUUUAACGCCCUGCCCCGGCUGGAGUUUGUCCGGUUGAUCGAGGCCGACCUGCGGACACAGCUCGGCGCCCGGUUGCAGCACAUCGCCAACGAAGUGUUAGCGUUAGCCCCGUACGAAAAGUUCUUCCCUGUGUGAUCACCAAGCGUUGACGCUUGGUUGCAUGGUAAUAAAUGGCGCCUAAGAAAACUCUGAAAACGA